CACACACACGCCCAGAGCAGUCGAGAGUCGCAGACAGCAGACGAACACACGGUAGCAGAGAUGCUUGUGUUGCUACUGUCUCUCGGGUCGGUGUGUGUCGCUCUGGGUCCAGCGCCGCUGACGGAGGCGACGGUCUAUCUGAAGCGAUACGGUUAUUUAUCUUCCUCAUCCAGCGCAGCUCAUCAGGGGCUUCAAACACAGCAAAUGAAUGAGGCUCUUAGACUCUUCCAGACGGUGACGGGGUUGCGGGCGACGGGUCGGCUGGACGGGCCGACGCUGGCCAUGAUGAGAGUGGCGCGCUGCGGGCUGACAGACGGCUUCACCGCGCUGGAGUAUCGGCUCCUGGGUCACUGGCGUAAGAAGAGACUGACCUAUCGCAUCUACAACCAUCCUCUUCCUCUGGGCCGGCCUCGGACUCGAGCAGCGCUUCGGUCCGCCUUCAACUACUGGAGCGCCGUCUCUCAGCUGCACUUCCGAGAGGUCAACAGAGGUCACGCGAACAUCCAGCUCUCCUUCCACAGAAGAGGCCAGGGAUGCCCCGUUCCCUUUGACGGACCAGGGCAGGUUUUGGGUCACGCCGAGGGCCCGGAGUCUGGCGCGGUUCACUUCGAUGCCGAUGAGGUGUGGACGGAGGGGCGGAGUUACGGAACAAACUUGCGCAUUGUCGCCGCCCAUGAGAUAGGCCACGCCCUCGGACUGGGCCACUCCCAGUUCCACAGCGCACUCAUGAGUCCGGUGUACACGGGCUAUCGGGACGGCUUCAGACUGCACCAUGACGACAUCCGUGGAAUCCAGACUCUGUACGGAAAACCUGUGGAAAGACCAUCCGCUGCUCCGUCUGUGCCGGACCCCUGCUCCGCGCCGCUGGACGCCCUCAUGCUGGGACCUCUCCACAAGACGUCUGCUUUCAGAGGUCAGUACGUGUGGACCGUCUCGGACUCCGGUCACGGCACUCCCGUUCGGAUCAGUGCCCUGUGGAAAGAGCUGCCCGCCAACAUCAACGCAGCCGCUCACUCACAAAGAACCAACAAGUCCUAUUUCCUUAAAGGAGAUAAAGUGUGGAGAUACUCUGGCUUUAAACUGGACCACGGAUACCCGAAACGACUCCGCAUUCCUGCCGACAUACACGCGGCGUUCUUCCUCAGCAGCCGGCGAGCGCUCGUCUUCAUCAAGGGGUCGGAUUACUGGCUGUGGGAUGAACUGCGGUCCGGCAAACUCCUGCUCCGGCCCAGACCCGUGUCGCAGCUCGUCGCCGGCCUGCCCUGGGGUCCGGACGCGGCCGUGGCCCGCAGCGACGGAGGCCUGCUCGUGUUCAGAGGCGGGCGGUGCUGGAGCGCGAGUCCUGACCCUGACGCGCUGACGCUGGACGAGGGUUAUUCGUGCCGCGCCACAGAGCCGUGUGACGACUAGCCCCGCAGAGUCCUGGUCACUUUACUUUACUCAAGAAUUAUUUUCAUGGAUAUUAUCUUCAUGUCAUAAAUCAGACAUAUCAAUUCAUUGUCAUUAGUAAUCUCUCUUCUUUUUUUUACAUGAGCACACAUUUAUGCAUGACUAUUAGAGGCUCAUGGACUAAUCUGUUAAUCAUUCGACUUAGUAUUAAUAAAGAGGACUGAAACUAAGUGUAAAUGUUUUAAUGGGUGUAAAUGUCUGAGAGUGCUGAGAUGAACGCGUCUAAUUUCACAUUUAAAGGAAUUGAGGAAAUAUUGCCAAGUAUACGCUCCUCGGGCUUGGAAUGAAAUUGCAAAAU